CAAUCUCACUCUCUCUCUCUCUCUCUAAGACUUGAAACUCUAUCAAGAAUCUCAAGCCACCAUUUUUUUCUUCAUCCUCAUAAAGAGAAAGAGAAAGAUCCUCUUGUUUUGCAAGAACCCAAUUUGAGUUCCAAGUCCUGAUUUGCUUUGAUCUUUCUCUUUCCUUGAUUUCGUUUGUUAGUCAAACAGAAGAUAUAUAGUUCUCUCUAUAUUUUAUAUAUGCAUAUAUAGUUUGCUUUCCGAUUCUAGGGUUUUCAUAUUUCUCCUAAAUUUUCAUGGUCAAAGGAGAAAAUCAAAGAACCAAUCGAACGAAGAAGAGAAAGAAAACUUCAAUAUCAAAAUCUCUCUCUCUCACUCUCUCACUUAUAUUAUAAGAUCUCGAGUUGAGUCAUCAUCGUCAAUGUCUUUGAAAAGCAGCCGCAACAAUUCACAGAUUCAAGAACAAGAGAAAGGUUUAAAUUUCAUCAAGACGACUCACUAAGAGAGAGUCUAAGUCCCAUCUAAAGAUUCAGUCCAAGAACCGUCUCAUAAAUCAGAUAAUUCGUCAUGGAUCUAUCCCUAGCGCCGACAGCAACAACAAGUUCGGACCAAGAACAAGACAGAGACCAAGAAUUAACCUCCAACAUCGGAGCAAGCAGCAGCUCCGGCACCGGAAACAACCUUCCGAUGAUGAUGCUUCCGCCGCCGGAGAAAGAACACAUGUUCGACAAAGUGGUAACACCAAGCGACGUCGGAAAACUCAACAGACUGGUGAUCCCUAAACAACACGCGGAGAGGUAUUUCCCACUAGACUCAUCUAACAACCAAAACGGCACGCUGUUGAAUUUCCAAGACAGAAACGGCAAGAUGUGGAGAUUCCGUUACUCGUAUUGGAACUCUAGCCAGAGCUACGUGAUGACCAAAGGAUGGAGCCGUUUCGUCAAAGAGAAGAAGCUCGACGCGGGAGACAUCGUCUCUUUCCAACGAGGCAUCGGUGAUGAGUCCGAGAGAUCGAAGCUUUACAUAGAUUGGAGGCACAGACCAGACAUGAGCCUCGUCCAGGCACAUCAGUUUGGUAAUUUCGGUUUCAAUUUCAAUUUCCCGACCACUUCUCAAUAUUCCAACAGAUUUCUUCCAUUGCCGGAGUAUAACGCCGUCCCGAUUCACCGGAGCUUGAACAUAGGAAACCACCAACGUUCUUAUUACAAUAACAACAACCAGCGUCAAGAGUUUGUAGGGUAUGGUACUUAUGGGAAUUUAGCUGGAAGGUGUUACUACACGGGAUCACCGUUGGAUCAGAGGAACAUCGUUGGAUCAGAGCCGUUGGUUAUAGAGUCAGUCCCUGUGGUUCCCGGGAGAUUAACGCCAGUGAUGUUACCUCCGCCUCCUUCUACAGCGGGAAAGAGACUAAGGCUCUUUGGGGUGAAUAUGGAAUGUGGUAAUGACUAUAGCCAACAAGAAGAGUCUUGGGUGGUGCCACGUGGGGAAAUUGGUGCAUCUUCUUCUUCUUCUUCAGCUCUACGACUAAAUUUAUCUACUGACCAUGAUGAUGAUGGUGAUGGUGGUGAUGAUGAUCAAUUUGCUAAGAAAGGGAAGUCUUCAUUUUCUCUCAAUUUCAAUCCAUGAGAAGUUUCAUCUUUUUUUUUCUUAAAUUCUCUUUUUUUGAAUCUCUCUCUUUAUAUAUUAUUUCAUUAGUCAAUCUUCUUCGUUAGAUUCUAGCUAGUAAGAGGAAGAAAAACGAUCUUCUUCGUUUGUUUAAUUUUUUUUGGUUAUGAGUUUUGUUUUUUCGAUCGACAUGUUUCUUGAUGUUCAUCACUAGGCUUUUGUCACCAUGUUGAACUCGUCUUUGUAUAUAAACUUAUAUAUGAAUAUGACUUACAUAAAAUAACAUGUUCACAUGUCUCAACUUUUUUUAGCUAAUUUAAUUAUAUCCAUAAUAUUCGUUGUAAUUCAUUGUUUACUCAUAUCAUAUUCAUAAAUUCUACAUUAAUCUUAACACUUGCACACUAGGUGAAACUGCCUCUACCCUAGACUUCUAGCUUAUAUAGCCAUCAAUAAAACAGUGUUCAUCUUGCUUUCUUUAUUUUUUUCAAUUUUAAAUAGAAUUUGAGAUUUAUAAUUUGAUUGAGUGGGAAAAAAGCUUAUAAAUUUCAUGAAUUGUACUCUCUACACUGACAAAGUGUUUCAUGGUACAUUCUAAGCUAAUGGGCAGGUCCAAAAAAAGCCUCUCUUUUUCUCUCUCUAAUGGUCCUAUAUUGUUUGUUUGGUUACUCUUGUAAUUUUGCUCGGUUAAAGAGAUUUUUGCAGGUUAUGGGCAGAGCAAAUAAAGAGAAGCUAGCUAUGGAAGAAGGACUGAUAUCCAUCCAUAUAGUAAUUCAAUUUAUAAAUAUUAAAAAGAACAAAAGGUAUGAUAUGUUUUCACAUUGUUUGACUUUUUAUGAUCACAGGUUCAUUUAAUUUCUCAUUUUACUAAUUCUCUAUUCUUGUUUUGUUUUUAACCUUUGGUCAAUAUCUUUGUUUGGUUUGGAUUGUGAAUUGAAGUGAUUUUUACCAAAUUAGGCAUCUCAAUAUAGAUCUCCUCAACCCCAUGAGUUCUUUUAGAAUGUAGAUUCUAAAUCAUUUGUCAAUUACUACUAUAUAUAUACGUAUGCCUCUGAAUCACUACAUAUAUACCCACCCCAUAUACACACAUGCAGUUUAGACAUGUACAUGUAUAAUUAAAUAGAUGUGUUAUAAUAAUUUACGUGGAACUUUGGAAUGCAGUCCUUAGGGAAUAUCAUUUUCAGGUAAAUAAGAAGAGAGGAUCCUGGAAGAAUUACUAUAUAUUCUAUAGCCCAUGUAUAUAUAGAGUAUCGUGUCGAGUUAUAAAUUCUUGCAUGCAAGAUCAAAAUGGAGAAAGUCAUUGGCAGAAUGGCAGAUUUGAUUUCUCUACUAUUGUAUAGACAUACUCCACACCUUUAGCUAUUUUAUCCAAAUCAUUUGUGGGUUUUAAU